AUGCCAUUGCUCAUAUCCAAUUCCGCCAAAGCGUUUGUCCUCUCCAAGCGAAUGUCCCAUCCUCCCGCCCUCAAAACGCGCCUCAGAGGCGUCGUUUUCGACAUGGACGGCACCCUCACCAUCCCAGUCAUCGAUUUUCCGGCCAUGUACAGGGCGGUGCUCGGCGACGCGGAGUACCGCAGGCUCAAGGCGGAAAGCCCUUCCGGCAUCGACAUUUUGGGUCACAUCGAGGCCUGGCCUCCUCAUGAAAAGAAAAAGGCCUACGACGCCAUCGCCGAGGUCGAGCGUCAGGGUCUCCAACACCUCCAGAUCAUGCCUGGUGCUUCGGAGCUUUGUGCCGUUCUCGAUUCCAAGAAAAUAAGGAGGGGUUUGAUCACUCGGAACAAUAAGUCAGCAGUUGAUUUAUUCCAUGAACGAUUUGGGAUUACAUUUUCUCCAGCAUUAAGCAGGGAAUUUCUUCCCUAUAAACCUGAUCCAGCUCCACUACUGCAUAUUUGUUCUCUUUGGGAAGUUCAACCGGAUGAAGUAAUAAUGAUUGGGGAUAGCCUUAAAGAUGAUGUGGCUUGUGGAAAGCGAGCAGGAGCAUUUACGUGCUUGCUUGAUCAAAAAGGAAUAUACGAUUCUCCCGAGUAUGCUGAUGUUGAAUUCAAACCAGAUUUCAAGGUGUCUUCCCUUGCUGAUGUUUUCUCAGUUCUUAAUGUAAAUUUUGAUCUGUCACCGUGA